GGGCCACCGCCACCAUGCUGUUGCUAGGCGCCGGCGUCAGGCUGCGGCUCCGCGUGCUCCGCGGGCGCCGGAGGCGGAGGCCGCGGCGGCGCGGGGGAGGCGGCGGGGAGGAGGGAGCGCGCGAGCCGGUGCUGCUGGUGUCCGGGAUGGGCGGGUCGGUGCUGCACGCGCGGCGGCGGUCCAAGCCCCGGUUCGACCUCCGCGUGUGGGUGCGCAUCCUCCUCGCCAACGCCGACUUCAAGAAGUACCUCUGGUCGCUCUACAACCCCGACACCGGGUACGUGGAGCCGUUGGACGACGAUGUGGAGAUCGUGGUGCCGGAGGACGAUCACGGCCUGUUCGCCAUCGACAUUCUCGACCCUUCCUGGUUUGUGGAGAUUACCCAUCUAUCUAUGGUGUAUCACUUUCAUGAUAUGAUUGAUAUGCUCGUUGACUGUGGAUACAAGAAAGGAACCACACUUUUUGGAUUUGGUUAUGAUUUUCGCCAAAGUAACCGGAUAGACAAAGCGAUGGUUGGUUUGCGAGCAAAACUCGAGACAGCUUAUAAGGCUUCUGGUGGGAAAAAGGUUAAUAUAAUAUCACAUUCUAUGGGUGGACUGCUCGUAAGCUGCUUCAUGUCUAUGAACCAUGAUAUAUUUGAGAAGUAUGUGAACAAAUGGAUUUGUAUUGCAUGUCCAUUUCAAGGUGCCCCAGGAUGCAUCAAUGAUUCUCUACUAACUGGGUUACAGUUUGUUUAUGGUUUUGAAAGCUUCUUUUUUGUUUCUAGAUGGGUGAUGCAUCAACUGCUUGUUGAAUGCCCAUCCAUCUAUGAAAUGCUUCCAAAUCCACACUUCAAGUGGAAACAAGCACCAAUUGUUCAGGUUUGGCGAAAGAACCCUGAAAAGGAUGGAAUAGCGGAGCUGGUUCUGUAUGAAGCCACCGAUUGCAUAUCACUGUUUGAAGAAGCUUUAAGGAACAAUGAGCUCAAGUAUAAUGGGAAGACAAUUGCACUACCAUUCAAUACGUCAGUCUUCAAGUGGGCCACUGAGACCCGCCGAAUUCUUGACAAGGCUGAAUUGCCAGAUACUGUGAGCUUUUAUAAUAUAUAUGGGACAUCUUACGACACACCAUAUGAUGUUUGUUACGGCUCUGAAAGCUCCCCAGUUGGAGAUUUGUCAGAAGUGUGCCACACAAUGCCUGUGUACACUUAUGUGGAUGGAGAUGGCACAGUUCCUAAAGAAUCAACUAUGGCUGAUGGAUUUGCGGCCAAGGAAAGAGUUGGCGUCAAGGCCGACCACCGAGGACUCCUUUGCGACGAGAAUGUGUUCGAGCUUCUGAAGAAAUGGCUCGGUGUGAAGGAAGAAAGCACGCGGCGUCGUCGGCCGUCGAAGUCCAAAGUGAUGGACUCUGUCCCAUGAGGAAGAUGAUGAUAAUCAAGUCAAGUUCCUCAGAACAAAGCCAUCACAACUCACAAUAUACCUCUUCAAGGCAGCCGUUAUUUUUGGCCCCUUCGCUUGAAGAGAAGGCGAAUACAUAGCUGUAUACAUGUUAUCUGGGAGGGGAAGAUCAUAUGACCCCUACCAUAUGUAGCUGGAAAAAACUGUAGUAACAUUUGGCACUCUCUGGCGUUGUUACGGUUAUAAAUUUUGCUUAUAGUAAUGGAGCAUGUAUGGUUAGAAAAAAAAAAAGCAAUAAAGAAUUGUUUACUAAACGUAAA